AAAGGCGACAGAAGACAUGUAUAAAAUUUGACCUCUAACAACAUCACGCGGAGUUGUGUUUAAUUCGAUUAACUCUGCGUCAGAAAUUUCAGAAAUAUGGAUCAGUUUAAUCAGUUAUUCGCAAAGCUAGACAAGGAUAAUGAUGGGUUUGUAUCGGUGGAAGAACUUAAAAAAGAAAUGAAAAGAAUAGGUGUUACCGAAGCUGAUGAGAAAUCACAGGUCAUUGUGAAUAAUUACGACCAAAACAAGGAUGGACGAUUAGACUACGAAGAGUUUGUGGGCUAUAUCAUGGAUAAGGAAAGGAAAUGGAAAAUUAAUUUUCAUGCACUUGACAAAAAUCAAUGCGGGGCCAUUGACCAAGAGGAUAUUAUUGAUCUAUUCAAGGAGUUAGGCGUGGUAAUAACUAAGCGAAAUGCAAAGAAAAUCAUUCAAAUGAUGGAUGAGGACAGUUCAAUGACUGUUGACUGGGGAGAAUUUCUACAUCACGUUAUAAUUAAUCCAGCAGAAAAUAUUAACGAGCUGGUGUCAUCCUGGAAACACAACCUGGUGUUUGAUGUUGGUGAAAGUCGCUCCAUGCCCAUAGAUCUGUCUCAGGAUGAUGCAGACCUCUCUGUUGGGGGAAACUUUGUACUAGCCGCUGGCCUGGCAGAUGCCGUGUCUAGAACAGUAACUGCUCCAAUUGAUCGUCUUAAAACAUUGCUUCAGGUCCAUGGAUCAAAAGCUGCCUCUCUUGGAUUUAGAGAGCUACAGGCUGGAGGCCUGAGGUCUAUGUGGCAAGGGAACAUGGUGAAUGUCCUGAAAGGAACACCACAGUCAACUCUACAGUGUCUCAUCUAUGCACAGAUGAAAGUCCAGAUGGGUCAGAGGGAAACCCUGUCUGUUCAGCAGCGUUUUGGAAUGGGUUGUGUUUCAGGAGCCAGUGCCCAUGCUGUGUUUUAUCCUCUAGAGGUGCUGAAAGUGCGGCUGAACCUUCAACAAGCAAUAUCCUAUCGUGGAGUAUUCAGAUGUGCAAAAGCCAUUUACCAGAACGAGUCUGCAGCAGCCUUCUACAGAGGUUUUAAGCCAAGCAUUCUCUGCAUGAUACCCUAUGCUGGCGUAGAGUGUGCAGUCCACCAGUCCAUCAUGAGUUGGGUGAAAAGGGACCCUGAUUACAACAGUGAAGCCAAGUGGUUCUUCUUCAGCUUUGUGGCAUUCGCCUCUGGACAAGUCACCAGCUAUCCAUUAGCAGUGAUUCGUACUCAGCAGCAAGCGCAAGCUUUCAGCUCCCUUUCACCGCAGGCUUCAAACAUGGGCCUAGUUCAAGGAUUUCUUGGGAUUUAUGAAAGACAGGGGUUACGAGGCUUCUACAGUGGAAUGGGAACCAGUUUUGUAAGAGCUGUCCCAUGUGCCUUACUAAACUACACGUUGACCGCAAAACUUGAAACAUUGUCUUCUUCGUAAACUAUUCCAUUGAUGUAACAGAAUAGGAUGUAACAGUGAGGAUUGUAUACAUGGUACAAGAUAGUGGUACAUAAUAUGCCCACCAUGCUGUUGCCAUGGACUAUGCGAACAAUAUAAAGCAUGCUUCUCAGUUUCUGUCCACCCCUGCAACUCUUGUGAAUUGCGAGUCUUACAUGGUCUCCCCUUGGUAGCUCAAUGAUUGUUGAAACUAACAUUUUUGCUUAUGCAUACAUGUAAAGUUCACAAAAAGUGAAUCCUCAUAUUUUCUACAAGGUCUCAAACCUUGUGUGCACUACCUCACUAAGAAAAGUUUGCAACAGACAAAGUAUUUUUUUUGGUGGCAGCCAAAUGUGUACAUUCCACAAAUUCUGCCAUUAUGUGGCAGUUAUAUUAUGCACUGCUAAGUGUGCUAGUGUGUGUGAGAGAGUGUCUGUGUGCCUGGGUCUGUGCAGACUUGUGUGUAAUGCUUCACUAAGAUAAAUCUGCAACUACUGUCAAAAUAUCACAACAUAUUUGAGAAGGAGCACUUUAUGGACUCAAAAGCUGUAUAUAUGCUCUUUUGAUUUGAAACACUGAAUAUCCAAAACAAUAAGACUCCAAGACUCUCUUUUUAAACUGUUAAAAAGUCUUUAUUUUCAUGGCUUAGUCAUUUUAAACCUUGUAAACCUUUACAUUCUGAUGCGUUUCAGAAUGAAGCCUUAUCAGGGAGUGAAACAGUUCUCAUGGAUAUGAAGUUUAAUUCCCAAUCAGAACCUUUGACUGGGGAAAACCUGCAUUCUGGCCUAGAGUGUGUGCAUACACAUGUCCAG